ACUACACUUCCCAUUAUGCCUCUUCCACUUCCCGCCGCGCUGAACGCCGGGAGUGUUGGACCUCGUGACCUCAGGGUAUUUCGGAACUCGUAGUCUUCAAUCCAGCCGAAUAGGUCCUGAAAGUUAUAAGGACCUGGAAGCCGCUUCUUCCGCCGGGGCCUGGUCUCCGCAGAGGAUCGGUUGCAGUCAUGUCGGCUGCGAUUGCAUCUUUGGCUGCGUCCUAUGGUUCGGGUUCAGGGUCCGAAUCGGACUCGGACAGUGAGGGUGGACGGUGUUCACUGCCAGCUUCCGACUCCCUCAUGCACUUGACUAAAUCAGCUUCGGCCAAGCCGUCUCUGGCAGUGGCGGUGGACUCGGCUCCGGAGGUGGCAGUUAAGGAAGAUUUGGAGACCGGAGUUCACCUUGACCCUGCAGUCAAAGAGGUUCAGUAUAAUCCUACCUAUGAGACCAUGUUUGCUCCUGAGUUUGGACCAGAAAAUCCCUUUAGGACACAGCAAAUGGCUGCCCCUAGAAAUAUGCUUUCUGGAUAUGCUGAACCAGCUCAUAUCAAUGACUUUAUGUUUGAACAGCAAAGAAGAACUUUUGCUACCUAUGGUUAUGCAUUAGACCCUUCAUUAGAUAAUCACCAAGUGUCUACUAAAUAUAUUGGUUCUGUAGAAGAAGCUGAAAAAAAUCAAGGUUUAACUGUGUUUGAAACUGGUCAGAAAAAAAUAGAAAAAAGGAAAAAGUUUAAAGAAAAUGAUGCAUCUAAUAUUGAUGGUUUCUUGGGACCAUGGGCAAAAUAUGUGGAUGAAAAAGAUGUAGCCAAACCCUCAGAAGAAGAACAAAAAGAAUUAGAUGAAAUCACGGCCAAGAGGCAGAAAAAAGGCAAACAGGAAGAAGAGAAACCUGGGGAAGAGAAGACAAUCUUACAUGUUAAAGAAAUGUAUGACUACCAAGGCAGAUCCUAUCUUCACAUACCUCAGGAUGUUGGUGUUAAUCUGCGGUCCACUGUGCCACCUGAGAAGUGUUAUCUUCCCAAGAAACAAAUUCAUGUGUGGUCUGGACAUACGAAGGGCGUCAGUGCUGUCAGAUUGUUUCCUCUCUCUGGCCAUUUAUUGCUGUCUUGUUCCAUGGACUGUAAAAUUAAGCUAUGGGAGGUUUAUGGAGACAGGCGCUGUCUACGAACAUUUAUUGGUCACAGUAAAGCUGUUAGGGACAUCUGCUUUAAUACUGCAGGAACACAGUUCCUCAGUGCAGCUUAUGACAGGUAUCUUAAGCUCUGGGACACUGAGACAGGACAGUGUAUAUCAAGGUUUACAAACCGAAAAGUGCCCUAUUGUGUCAAAUUUAAUCCUGAUGAAGAUAAGCAAAAUCUCUUUGUAGCUGGCAUGUCUGAUAAGAAGAUUGUGCAGUGGGACAUUCGAAGUGGAGAAAUUGUUCAGGAGUAUGACCGGCAUUUGGGAGCCGUCAACACCAUUGUUUUUGUUGAUGAGAACAGGAGAUUUGUGAGCACAUCUGACGAUAAGAGCCUCCGAGUUUGGGAAUGGGACAUCCCUGUGGAUUUCAAGUACAUAGCAGAGCCCAGUAUGCACUCAAUGCCUGCAGUGACUUUGUCUCCAAAUGGGAAAUGGCUAGCGUGCCAAUCGAUGGACAACCAAAUCUUAAUUUUUGGAGCACAGAAUAGAUUUAGAUUAAAUAAGAAAAAAAUUUUUAAGGGCCAUAUGGUAGCAGGUUACGCUUGUCAGGUGGACUUUUCGCCAGACAUGAGCUAUGUGAUUUCAGGAGAUGGAAAUGGAAAAUUGAAUAUCUGGGACUGGAAGACCACAAAACUCUACAGUCGAUUUAAAGCUCAUGAUAAGGUGUGCAUAGGUGCAGUGUGGCAUCCUCAUGAAACAUCGAAAGUCAUCACAUGUGGUUGGGAUGGUCUCAUUAAAUUGUGGGAUUAAUGAGAUUAAUCCUUAUCUAGGGUCAUUUUUGAUCCAAUAUCAUAUUUAACUAUAUUUAAUUAUUAAAUGUGUUGGAUGACAACUUGAUUUACAAAUUAUGAUUUCCUUACACGGCCUUAUGAAGUUGACCCAUUGUUUAAAAAAAAAACGUUUCUUGUAAAUUUGUCUCCUAUAAUUUCAUUGGCAAUUUCAUUUAUAGAUGUUAUUUAUACAGAGAAUAACCACUGACUUUCCAUUUGGUGAGGAUUAUUGUUGGCAGGCAGUUGGGGUUUACCCCGUCGAUAUACUGAAAGGAUCUCUCUCGAGUUGAGGAAGAAUCCCUGGUGGAUUUGGGGUUUUAAAGGAGGUAGGUAAUAUAACUAAUGACAAAUAAUUCUGAAAGGCACCGUAUGUGUACCUCUUCGACAAAAAGGGAAGUAAGGAACAGGGGUGAUAUAAUUCAAUGUGAAUGUGAAAGAAGGAUAAAACCACCCACAAUUAUUGUUCCCAUUAUUUUUGGUGGGUCAAGUUCAAAUCUUUUGGAUUCAGGAGUUCUGCUAUUUUUUAUGGCAUAUAUUGUGUGUUUACUUGUAAGCCAGCAAUCUUCUCUAACUGCAGAUAUUCCUCUAAUUAUUAAACGAUGGAAAAUAAACAGUCCAGAGUUCUUUCCUUGGCUUUCUUCCUGAUCAGUACAGACAGGACUAUAUAUAUAAUCAGAGAAUUAUGUUAUUUUUGAAGGUGACACUCAAGAGGAUGAGUGAAGACUUUGAAUUUUAUUUGUAUUUACUGUCUGUAAGGACCUGGCUACACUUUCAGAAAUCAGGGUCUCCUAGGUCAUUGAUUCAUAGAUGUUACUACUGAAAUACUCCUCAUAGGAGACAGGGUAUGAGAUCAUCGUCCAAAAUGUCACCUUGUCAUUUCUUUGAAGUUGUAUGUUUUAUCUUCAAAAUUAUUCUGAUCUUGCUCGUGGAUAUAGUCAACAGAACUUUUUAAGAUCAGAAAAAUGUUUAACUUCUUUCCACAUCUUUGAGUAAAAUUGAUACUCCAAGAAGAUGGCUAAGGUUCCCCAGUUUGAGAAGCAAUAACUGUGGUUGGUUGGUUUAAAAAAAAAAACUUUUAAGUUUCAAAUUGUGGAAUCAAGAUAGCCUCUCGAAUACAGUAGCUAAUAGCCCUUUGGGUGACAAGCCAUUUCUUCUGGUUUAGUACAAAUCUCUAUAAUAUAUUUGAAUGUACUUUGAUAUAUUUCAGUACCAUGCUUACAAAGAACGGUUCAUCGUGGCUCAGAGUGCCGACGUGGAGACCAAAAUCAUGUUGAAUGUUGAUAUCCUAAGGGCAUUAGCUCGGAGUCCUGGGCUAUCAAUAGCAAUUCAUGCUCCUUGUGCUUAGAACUUCCAUUUUUAAAAAGUAAUUUCUAAAAAGGCCUGGUAUUGAUGACCUGGUACUAGAGCCACACAUAAAUAAAUCCCAAAGAAGAAAAUGGAAAAAGAGAAUAAAAAUGGUAGACAUGUUAUUUUUGGACACACAGACACUCAAAGAAAUAAGAAUACACUGCCUGGCUGCUACACUGCCUUUCUGUAUCUGCCAGGAAGGGUGGCUGCUGUUCCUGAAGAGGAAGGAAUUCACACAAGACCUUUUCUUCGGUCCCAAGCCACUGGUUUUAACAAAUGUGAAUUACUGAAAUGUGAUGGGACAAAAAGAAUUAAUCCAUACAUUUAAACUUUGAUCUUGUUCAGCAUCAGUAUUGUGUACAUUACAAAUCAUAAUUUCUAAAUCUGGGUUUAUUUUAUUGUGUUUUUGACUGUUUCUAAACUAAGUAACUGUAUAUAAAAGUCUCUUUUUUAAAAAGAUCGUAUUUUUAAAUAAAGCAUUUUUGUAGAAAGUGUUAUCAAAA